GGGAGGGUCCCGGACAAUCCAGGCGCACCAGGUUUUUCUAGGUGUUUUUUCUCCCUCCCUCUUAUGUGAUUCCACCGCCGUAUUUGCGAUAUACCAUACGCCCGAGGUUUAUUUUUGUUUUUCUCAAGAAGCUUGCGCCAUAUUGUUUUUCUCAAGAUGUCACCCGCUCCCGCUCCCGCAGGGUCCAGUACCCUCGCCGAGAAGCUGGCGAUAAUUCUGCAGAGCGGCGCCGAUCCGUAUGGCGUUCUCAAAUGUUACAUUCUCAACUGUUACAUCAAUUUGUAAUGCAAGAACGGCGAAAGUGAAAGGGGGAAGAUUGCGCCUUUUGCAUUACAGAUUUGGCUCAGAUUUAGAUGCUGUCCAGCCCUUCGGAUAUUUGUCAUGCGAAGCAGCUCAAUCGUGGCGAUCUUGGUGGUAAAUUUGCAUGGCAAAUCAUGUAACAGCUGAGAAUGUAACAGUUGAGAGCGCCAUAAUCCGAACUACUCGGAGGACGGGACUCCCCUACUCAUGAUGGCGAUGAUGCAACACGACUAUGACUGCGUAAACCUCCUGCUUCGCUCUGGCUCGAGCCCGCUGAUCCCGCGGUGCUACAUGCGCAUUUCGCCGCGAGGAAGCACAUCACGCAGGGAAACUACGAAUGGUCGUGGUCGCGGCGAUUGUUCUUCUAUCUUAACCACGACGCGAUGCAUCACCUACGCCUACGAUUUGGUCAACGAGACGACGCCGACCGAAAUCAUCGACUUCCUGGUCGCCCGGAGUUUGGAGCACUUUCAGCGCUCCGAGAAAAAUCUGGCCUCGCUGCUCGAAGAUUGCGGCGAGACGAUCCUGCACCGUGCGCUGUCUUUGGCGAGCGGUACCAGCAGCACCAGCAAAUUCGCUGAGCGGUUUUUCGCCUUGGUAUUUCUGCAACUGUUGCUGAAUUGAUGAUAUCGUGGUUGCAUUUUUGAUUUUGAAGAUCGCAAGUUUGAAAUAGAAGAUAGAAGAAAUAACAAACCCACCCGAUACAUAGAAAGGCUGAAGCUGUUGGAACAAAUAUCGUGCAUGAAUGCAAUUUCACAUACCGUCGCCGCAGUGGCACAUGAUAGAUGACACUCAUAAUUUUCGAGGUAAACAACCAACCGCCAAGUAUCACGCGACCUACGGCGGCUUCGCUUUGCCUGGUGCGCGACCGAGACGGCCGACCGGCUUUUUUUGCGGCGACGCGUCUCCAGGCCGUGAAGCUGGUCCUACAACAGAAUCCGGAUUCCAAAUUGAAAUCCAAGAUGAAGAUGAAUCAAUUUGAUUCUACCGCGAUGAAGAAAUCUACGAGCAAACCGCUGGACAACGAGGAUGACGACGACGAAUUCGAAGAGCUCGCGGCAGCGGUGGCGCAUAUGCAGAAGAAGCAGUCUUAUUUCUUCGAAGCCACGGACUUCUCGGGCCGAACCUGGCUCCACUACUUGCAGGACGCGGACUCUUUUCUCUACUUGCUGCACCGGGUGAAGGAAGAGGAAAACGACCAAAACAUUGCCGAGAAAGAUCACUUUAAUCUUAUCCCCCGCGACGUUGCACUGAAGAGACUACUGGCGCAGAGCGAUUAUUCCGGUCUCACCCCAGUCGACCUUGCGGUCGCGGAACGACGGUGGGAGCAGUGUGGGGUGUAUUUGGACCACGUGGUGUUUGAAACGAAGAAGAGUAGUAAUAGAAGAGGACCAGGACGAGCAGAUGAACUAGGAGGACACCAGGUAGAAGAGGUCGCCGGACGAGAGGCAGAUGACGUCAGUGAUGAACGUCAAUGCACGGGAGCUACGCACAAGACCCGGUUGGAGAUGAAGGCACCAACGUCAUCCAAGAAUGCCAAUAAACCCCCGGUAACCCCCCUCUGGUUUCAGGCAGCCCAACACUCCGAGUACAAACUCGCAGCACGGUUGUUCUACUUUGAGAAAAAGCGGUCUUUCGCCGACAACCGCAGUCUCAGCUUGAUGCUGAUCGUCCUUGCAGCCACGGUAAUCCUGGGUCACGCCAUGUGGUACUUCUGCAGCAGGAAGCAACAGGUCGCGUUCUGGGCCCGGUACCUGUGCGGCAUGGAAUUAGCGGCCCUGGGGGCGUUCCUCCUCGUCAUGGCUGUUUUCGCCUGA